AUAUGUAUUGAAACUCCGAGAAGCCAAUGGAUUCAUCGGCCAGUAGCGAAGCGCCACCUAGAAUCUCCCGCCAAGCUGUUAACAGCUCUAGAAAUACGGCAAGCGAAGAGCCAUAUGGUUGGGGUAAGCAUUGCUGAGGGCUUAACUCGGGUGUGUUGUAGGUUGACGCCACACACUUCAUGGUAAUUUCCCCCGCCCCCUCAAAAUACAAAAGUCUAUUUUCAUACUUUUUUCAUUGUGUACAGUAUGGAACCUAUGCACAUGCCAAAUUUCAAGUGUGUAGCAUGUUGGGAAGUAUGCUAAACAUUUAGAACUGACACACGUAUCCACACAUUUCCAUUUUUUAUAUAUAUAAAUCGGCAUUUUACGACCCCCACUGCUACAGAAAUUUGCGCAGUUGCUUAUACAGUACACGACUUCCCUGAAGGCAAACACCUUCAGCGAGCGCGAUGCCGAUCACGCUUUGAAUAAAAAUCAUAGGACAAGUUUUUACUUAGUAACAACUCCUUACUAACAACUCCUUACUUACUAACAACUCCUAUCAUUUUUCAUUGCUGAAGGGGUUUCCCCCCCCUACCUGAAAAUCCUGGCUCCGCCUCUGAGUGUGUGACAGUGUCAAGUUAAGUUUGUAUUUGCAGUAAAGUCUAUUAACUCUAUUGAGCACAGAGGUUAUAUCAAAACGGUAGUUUAUUUUAGUUUUCCUCUGGAACUCUUUGUAAGAAUGGAGUCGGGAUGUUAUCACAGCACACGUGCAGCUGAAGUCGGAACUGUUCAUACCAGCAUUCAAGGACAUCUGUGCCUGGCUUCACACCUCUAAGUUGCGAUUGAACAUGAAUUUAUGCAUUUCUGCAUAACACAAAUAGUAUUAUGUUCAACACCCUUUGCUAUGUCAGCUGAAUUUAGCUUUCAUAAAUAUUCCUUUUGAAGCCAAACAGCCGAAAUUGUGUGCUCGGAGUUUUUGGGUUAACAUUCAUUUUGAAGAUACUAGGGCUUCCAGGCAUGUUUGUGACCAUUUGCCCUCUCAUUGUAUGUCAUAACAGCCCGUGUGAUGAAUGUGGGAUACUUUUUCACUAUAUCAUGAAUAUAUCAAUAAGUAUAGACAUGUAAGUCACGUGUGACUGUGGAAAUAUGCAUUCCUCUGUGCCUCGAUACUGUUGCUUCCUCUGCAGAAUUGGUCUGAUGGAGCAAAGGCACACGGCACGGCUCGGUACGACAAUGCAACAAUGCGACCGGUGUGCAUACAGCACGGAUCGUACUGGAAAUUUGACCUUGCACCAGAGAACUCACACAGGAGAGAAACCCUUCAAGUGCAGCGUGUGUGGGAAGGCGUUUUCACAGUCAUCUGCUCUUGUAACACACCAGAGAACACACGUGGGAGAAAAACCCUUCAAGUGCAGUGUGUGUGGGAAUGCGUUUGCACGGUCAUAUACUCCUGUAGCACACCAGAGAACACACACGGGAGAGAAACCCUUCAAGUGCAGUGCGUGUGGGAAGGCGUUUACACAGUCAUCUUCUCUUGUAGCACACCAGAGAACACACACAGGAGAGAAACCCUUCAAGUGCAGUGUGUGUGGGAAGGCGUAUGCACAGUCAUCUAAUCUUGUAAAACACCAGAGAACACACGCGGGAGAGAAACCCUUCAAGUGCAGUGUGUGUGGGAAGGCAUUUGCACAGUCAUCUGCUCUUGUAAUACACCAGAGAACACACACGGGAGAGAAACCCUUCAAGUGCAGUGUGUGUGCGAAGGCGUUUGCACUUUCAUCAACUCUUGUAGUACACCAGAGAACACACACGGGAGAGAAACGCUGCAGGUGCAAUGUGUGUGGGAAGGCAUUUUCACAUCCAUCUGCUCUUAAAAAACACCAGAGAACACACACAGCAGAUAACCCCUUCAAGUGCACUCUGUGCGGGAAGGCGUUUUCAGAUUCAUAUAAUCUUGUAACACACCAGAGAACCCACACGGGAGAGAAAGCCUUCAAGUGCAGUGUUUGUGGGAAAGCGUUUGCGCAUUCAUCUACUCUAGUAGCACACCAGAGAACACACACGGGAGAGAAACCCUUUAAGUGCAGUGUGUGUGGGAAGGCGUUUGCACAGUCAUCUCCUCUUGUAGCACACCAGAGAACACACACGGGAGAGAAACCCUUCAAGUGCAGUGUGUGUGGGAAGGCGUUUGCACAGUUAUCUACUCUUGUAGCACACCAGAGAACACACACGGGAGAGAACCCAUUCAGGUGCACUCCGUGUGGGAUUGCGUUUUCACAGUCACCACAUCUUCAAAGACACCAGAGAACACAUAAGCACCAGAAGAUCCACAAGGAGUGGAGUCUGAAAUCAGCUUGUGAAAGUCAACGUGCCACAAUGAGCCCAUCCCUCACGAAACAAGAACCGGAAGAAAAUCCCAGCUUGGACACUUUUAAAGGUAUUGAGGUGAAAUAUGAAGAGGUGAAGGUGAAAUGUGAAGAAGUAAUGGUGAAGAGCGAAGAAGUGAAGGUGAAAUGUGAUGACGAUUCAACUCCAAAAUCGGACCUUCACAUCGAUGGUGGCAACGUGAAGCAGGAGGAGAAUUCUGAGGCAGAGCGAGGCAGCUCCCAGCAGUUUGUGGAAGUGGAGGUGUGGGUGGACUUCCUCCAAGACAAUACAAAGUCAAAUGGAGACCCGGUAGAUGUGUAGCCUGAGACGAUGUCGCUCCAAUAGAUGCACCUUUGUCACAGGCCUUUAAUGAAAAGAAUGUGAACUUGAACACUCAACCUAGGUGCAACCUGCAGAGUAAGAGCGGCCAGUCUUUGUGGACCUGUGGGUUGGGUAGAUCUCUAACCAGGAGCGAGAGCCAAUAAGCUCCCAAGCAUUCACUAUGUUAUCAAUUGCAUUUCCAUGGUGCUUGCUUAAUCACCUGGGAAAUUCGGAGUUUUGCAUCGUAUCUCAUCUGAAACACUCGAAGAGCAUCCCCAAGUAGCAGCUCCCCUUGUGUGGCACAAGGUGGUGGCCCUGCACAGGCCUGCAUGUGGACAAGAGCCUGUCAGUAGGGGGCGAUGGUUGAUGUGGCAUCUCAGUUGUGUAGUUUGUAGGUACUGUAAUGCUUAGAAUUUGCAAAAUUUUUACCCAGACGCCAGCAUGCAAUGGCCUACUCGUUUUGAAUGGCGCAAUAGUAUGUUGUACACACUGUUAAGCAGAUGGUGGUAUUUUUUACACGCUUUUAUAAACUCACUCUGUUGUCGUAUCCUCAGAUCUUGUAACUCAAUUUUUACCCACUUCCCAAUGUUUUAUCGACUGCAAACUUGGUAUAUGUAUGUAUGUCAUACUGACGACAAUACUAUAUAAUAUUUUUUUAUGUUACGUUUCGGAUUGGGUCUAAUUACACGCUUUUUGUCCAUGCUCAACUCACAUUGGCUGUAAAUCACCACGGUCCCUUACGUUAUGGCAAGCUUCGGGGCCACUUCCUGGAGUCGUGGAGUUUUGCCAUUACUCGUACGGUACAUUUCAUUAAAGCGUAUUUUACAAUGUUACUUAUUGUGUUGUUAAUGGCGUGGCGGAGACACGCGGCCCGCGGGGCGGAGC